UUCUAUCUCUCUCUCUUGUUCCGCCUAUGAAUAAUCUGAAAAUCUCUCUUUCCUGCUCCCAAAACCUUCUCUUGCUAUUCCUCUUCCACGUCUGGAAGAGAAGAUCCAUCAACUCCAUAAUAAUAAUAAUCCAGGGUUUGGAUCUGUGUUGAGAAGCAAGAAAGGCGAGAAAAUGAACAGGUGGGCGUCGUAUCAACAAAAGGCCUUUGUGGGGGGCUGUGUUGCAGACGGCGUCGUUUGCCCCAAGCCUCGUAGAAUUGGCCUACCACUCUUUCAUGAACCCAUCAAACCUACCUCGCGCUUGCUUCACUUCAACAAUCAAUCAGCAGAGGCGUAUGAUGCGAAAGCUGGAACUGAGCUUCUUGAUAUUAUUCGAAUGAAGGUAGGGUAUGGUUCUCCGAGGUCGAAUUAUAAGGUGGGUUCAUCUCUGCCAUUUUUGAUUGGUUCACCACCAAGCAGAGCAUCUAACCCCAUAAUACAAGAUGAGCAGUUUGGCAAUGACAAUGGCGAUGCACAGUCAUCAUCCACUUGCAAAAUUGGAGGAUAUGUUCCGGCCAACUUUGGGCCUAAGCCCGCUACAGUGAGGAUUGAAGGGUUCAAUUAUAGCCUCUCUGCCGUAGCAUAGAUACACUUACAACUCAAAUUUCGACAACCAAGGUGUGAGUAGUAGCAAUAACAGAACCAAGAGAAGAUUUUUUUGGAGAGGAAUGGAUUGUUUAGUAAUGUAUAUAUAUUAAGGUAUGAACAAAUAGUUGCCGAGUUAUUUUUUCAGUCAGUCGGUCAAAUGUUUGUUAUGUAUAUGUAGUGAGGUGAUGAGAGAAUUCACCCGAAAAUAAGUAACCCGGAGCGAAGGAAGAAUAAUCCCACCCAAACAUCUGUGGUUGUAGGUUUUUUUCUUUUGUGACAUUUGAUAAAGAGAGGAGAAGACUCCUUUUUGUAACUUAUUAUGUUUGUUACCCUCAAUCUUCAUUAAUUAAUGCAAAUAAACUAUUUUUUUUUUUUA